AACAUCAAAUCAAGCUCACAGCUCCAAGUAGUCACUACUAGCUAACAAAAAACCAAUCAAACAAUCAACAUGAAAUUCUUCGCCGUCUGCUUCUUCGCUGUUGUGGCUGUGGCUGCUGCCAAGCCCGGAAUUGUAGCUCCUCUGGCCGCCGCUCCUCUGGCUUAUACCGCUCCGGCUGUGGUGGGCAGUGCCGCCUACGUGGCUCCCUACGCCUCCAGCUACACGGCCAACACGGUGGCCCACAGCGCCGCCUUCCCCGCAGCCUAUACCGCCGCCUACACCUCCCCCAUUGCCGCUGCCUAUACCGCCCCCGUUGCCGCCGCCUACGCCGCACCAGCUGCCUACACCGCCGCCUACACCUCUCCCAUUGCCGCCGCCUAUACCGCCCCCAUUGCCCGCUAUGCCGCCACCCCCUUCGCAGCUCCCAUCGCCGCCCCCGUGGCAGCGGCCUACACCGCCCCCAUUGCCGCUCCCGUUCUCCUGAAGAAGUAAACAGACCGACUGUGAAUCCCAUCUUGACCAAUCUGUGUAAAUAAAGAAUUGUACAUACCAACGAA